AUGCAUGUACACAAUAUAGAUGACAUUUGCCCUCUUUGUGGUAGAGAAAAAGAAAAUGUUGAACAUUUGUUUCUUCACUGCUUUGUUGUCCAUAGAAUUUGGUUUGCUAUGGAUGCUACUGUUCUUGCUAGUGUGAGAAUUAGAUUUAUAAGCUGCAUUCUGUGGAAUAUAUGGACACUCAGAUGUUCCAUAAUCUUUGACAACAUGCAGUUUAGACAUGUUGAAUUCAUUCAUUGUGUGAAUUGUUUUAUCUCUAACAUAGAGAGAAAUAUAGGUCAUGUACAAGCACCUAGUGUUAGUUCACUUUCAAACCCGAAAUGGAAAGCACCUUCACAGGAUGCUGUUAAAAUAAAUUUUGAUGUAUCCUUUGUAAGUAAGGAUCUACCUAUUGGAAUGGGACUAAUAGCUCGUAAUUCUUCAGGGGAAUUCCUUGGAACAAAAGGGACCACUGAUAUAACAGUAUAUGAGGAACAAGGGGAAGCAACUGCGGCAGUGGAAGCGAUCAAAUGGGCAGCUGGGAGGAAUAUUUAUGUACUGCAUUUGGAAGGUGAUAACAAGAAUGUAGUGGAUGCUAUUGAUGGAAGGACUGGAGGGAUUAAAUGGACAAUAAACAAUGUUAUUCUGGAAUGCUUGAAUUUACUUAGUGCUUUUAAUAAUUGGAAAUGCUCUCAUGUUAAAAGAGAAGCAAAUAGUAUAGAUGAUGAUAUUGCAAAAUAUAUGCAAGAAUCAACACAAACACUGAAUGGAAUGUUUGUCCUCCAGAUUUUAUCUUAA